AUGGCCCGCGUAACUCAAUUGGUGGUUUCCGGCCUUUUGGCGGCCACACUGGCCAACGGUCAGAACUUUGCUGGAAGCGGUCGAAGUGAAGAUGCUUUCAGUUAUGUCCAACCCAAGAACACAACUAUCCUGGGACCUUACGGUCACUCCCCUGCAGUUCUCCCAUCUCCAAAUGCUACUGCUUCAGGGGAGUGGGAAGAGGCUUACUCCAAGGCACAACAGUUUGUUGCCAAGCUGACCAUCGACGAAAAAGCCGAUAUGGUCACCGGUCAGCCGGGUCCCUGUGUGGGAAACAUUGUUGCUAUCCCUCGACUUGGUUUCCCGGGUCUUUGCUUACAAGACGGCCCGCUCGCAAUCCGAGUUGCGGACUAUGCCAGUGUCUUCGCUGCCGGUGUCACUGUAGCAUCCACUUGGGAUAGGGAUCUUCUAUACCAACGCGGUUAUGCUAUGGGACAAGAGUUCAAGGCCAAGGGUGCUCAUAUUGCCCUCAGUCCCGUUGCUGGACCUCUUGGUCGCUCUGCCUAUGCUGGUAGAAACUGGGAAGGCUUUGCUGCCGAUCCUUAUCUGACCGGUGUUGCCAUGGAGAAAACCAUUCGUGGCCACCAGGAUGCUGGUGUGCAGGCUACUGCCAAGCACUUCAUUGGAAAUGAGCAGGAGACUCAACGAAACCCGACAUACGACCCUAACGGGACUGUCACCGAUGUCAUUCAGGAAGCCCUUUCUGCCAACAUUGAUGACCGCACUAUGCACGAGCUUUACCUUUGGCCUUUCGCCAACGCUGUUCGUGCUCACGCUGCUAGCUUCAUGUGCGCAUACCAGCGUUUGAACGGAUCCUAUGCCUGCGAGAACUCCAAGGCCCUCAACGGAUUGUUGAAGGAGGAGCUCGGCUUCCAGGGAUACGUGAUGUCCGACUGGGGUGGCACCCACUCCGGUGUCGCCUCUAUCGAGGGCGGCCUUGAUAUGAACAUGCCUGGUGGCCUUGGUGCUUACGGCCAAAAGCCCGAAGCCGGUUCCUUCUACGGCAAGAACGUCACGUAUGCUGUCAACAAUGGAACCGUGGACGUGUCUCGCGUCGAUGACAUGAUUGUCCGUAUCAUGACCCCGUACUACUGGCUCGGUCAGGACAAGGACUACCCUGAGGUGGACCCGUCAUCUGCCGACCUGAACACUUUCUCUCCCCGCUCGACCUGGCUCCGCGAAUUCAACCUUACUGGCGAGCGCAGCCGUGACGUGCGCGGAAACCACCAUGAAAUUAUCCGCAAGCUCGCAGCUGAGGCUACAGUCCUUCUCAAGAACGAGAAGCAGGCUUUGCCUUUGAAAGCUCCCAAGAACAUUGCUAUCUUCGGUAAUGACGCAGGCGAGAACACUAUGGGUGCUGUCAAUCAGGACACUUUCGAGUUCGGCAACCUUGCCUCAGGUGGUGGAUCCGGUACCGGUCGCUUCACUUACCUCGUCUCUCCCCUCGAGGCUAUCAAGACCCGCGCUAAGGAGGACAACGCUUUGGUUCAGUACUUCUUGAACAACACUCAAAUUGCUACCAACAACGUCACCGAUCUCUGGGUCCCCACCACUCCCGACGUUUGCCUUGUCUUCCUGAAGACCUGGGCCGAAGAGGGCGCUGAUCGUGAGCACCUGACAGUCGACUACAACGGCAACGACGUGGUUGAGUCAGUUGCCAAGUCUUGCAACAACACUAUUGUGGUCACCCACUCUUCUGGCAUCAACAUUCUCCCCUUCGCCAGCAACCCUAAUGUCACCGCCAUCCUCGCUGCCCACUACCCCGGCCAAGAAGCCGGUAACUCCAUCGUCGACGUCCUCUACGGUGAUGUCAACCCCGCUGGACACUUGCCCUACACCAUCGCCAAGAAUGCCAGCGACUACAACGCCCCUCCCACCACCGCAGUGUCCACCAACGGCACCGACGACUGGCAGUCUUGGUUCGACGAGAAGCUCGAGAUCGACUACCGCUACUUCGAUGCUCAGAACCUGUCCGUGCAAUACGAAUUCGGUUUCGGUCUUUCCUACACAACCUUCGAGGUCUCCGAUAUCGCCGCCGAGCUCGUCGCCGAUUCCGUCUCAUCCAUCCCCGAGCAGAAGCCCAUCGUCCCCGGUGGAAACCCCUCUCUCUGGGAGACUCUUUACAACGUGACUGCCUCUGUCACCAACUCCGGUGAUGUCAAGGGAGCAACUGUUCCCCAGCUCUACGUUACCUUCCCCGAUAGCACCCCCGAGGGAACCCCACCCAAGCAGCUCCGCGGUUUCGAGAAGGUCUCUCUUGCUCCUGGCGAGUCUCGCACUGUUGGAUUCGAGCUUAUGCGUCGCGAUCUGAGCUACUGGGAUAUUGUCUCUCAGCAGUGGCUUAUCCCUGAGGGCGAGUUUGUUCUUCGUGUUGGAUUCAGCAGUCGCGAUCUGAAGGAGGUUACCAAGAUUACCCCUGUUUCUGCUUAG